AUGUUCCAACCCCGCGACUUGCUGGGCAACGACAACUCGAGCAAUGUCGACAGCAUCGCGUCGGCCACCACCUCGACCUUUCUGACCUCCCUGGCUACCAACGGUGCCAUUGCUGGUAUAGAAUUCCUCGCGUGGAUCCUCGUCCGUCGUCUUGUCCGUGCUGUCUAUGAGCCGCGUACAUACAUUCCCCCUCACGAUGAGCAGGCCCGGCCGUUGGGUGCCAACUUGAUCAAGCCGAUUUGGCGCAUCAUUAUGGCCGAUGAGGAGGAGAUUCUGCGCAAGAACGGUGUCGACCCCUAUGUGUUCGUCAGGUUCAUUCGCAUGCUCUGUACCGCCUUUGUCCCCAUCUGGUUCCUCUCAUGGGUGAUCCUCAUGCCCAUCAACAGGGCGGGUGCGCUGGCCACAACUAGCCAAGGUGCGCAAAGCGGCCUCGACAUGUUCACGUUUGGCAGCGUCGUCGACAAGAACCGCUACUGGGCACACUGCAUCCUCUCCUGGGUGUUCAACGGCUGGCUGCUCUGGCUCGUCUGGCGCGAGAUGGGCAUCUGGGUCGUGGUCCGUCAACGCCAUCUCGUGUCUCCCAAGCACUCUCGACUCGCUCAGGCCAGCACGGUGCUCGUCACUGGUAUCCCGAAACACUACAUGGACGAAGGCGAGCUCACCAAGCUCUUCUCCCACCUUCCCGGCGGCGUCAAGCGUGUCUGGCUUUCUCGUGACCUCAAGGACAUGCCUUCGUUGUGGGAACGCCGUAUGAGUGCUUGCAGCAAGCUCGAGAAUGCCGAGGUUGCGUUGCUCCAAAAGGCCCACAAGUUCCGCGCCGACAGGGAGAAGCAGAUUGCCAAGCUCGAGAAGAAGGGCAGGCCUAUCCCCGAGCACCUCCUCGGCAAGGCCAACCCCGUUGAGACUGGUGAACCGCAGUCUCGCGCCGACGAGCUUGUUCCCCGCAGCAUGCGUCCCACCAUGCGUCUCAAGGCCAAGCACUCGCCCAUCGGGCUCGGCUUCCUCGGCAUUGGUCAAAAGGUCGACACUAUCGACUGGUGCCGUCAGGAGAUUGCUGAAACCACCCGUCUGCUCGAUGCUGAGCGCGAGACAAUGGCAGAGGACAUUGCGUCCAACAACCAAGACAAAAAGGACACGUACCGCCCCCUGUCGUCUGCGUUUAUCCUCUUCAACCAGCAAAUCGCAGCGCACAUGGCCCGCCAGUGUCUCACCUACAACCAACCUUACAUGAUGAACAACCGCUACAUCGAACAGGCUCCCCCGAACGUUAUCUGGAGUAGUCUGGGUAUCCGCACCCAGUACGAGCGCAAUGUUCGCAUGGCCAUUUCGUACGGCAUUACCGGUGGAAUGAUUCUGUUCUGGGCUAUCCCUGUCACCUUCAUUGGAUCCUUGUCAAGUGUUACUGGCCUCACCGACACGUUCCACUGGCUUCGCUGGAUUCUGGGCGACUCGUUUGGCAAGAAGCUGCUGCAGGGAGUCAUCUCGGGUAUCUUGCCCCCAGUGCUUCUUGCCCUGCUCAUGAUGCUGCUGCCCAUCAUCUUCCGUCACCUGUCAGCCUUCCAGGGCACGGUGAGCAAGACUGAGGUGGAACUGGACGUCAUGUCGCGUUACUUCCUCUUCCUUGUCGUGCACUCGUUCAUCCUGAUCACGCUCUCGUCUGGCCUCAUCGCGUCUCUGGGCACGUUUGCAAACAACACAACGGCCAUUGCGACCACUCUGGCUCAGCAGCUCCCCAAGGCGUCCACAUUCUUCCUCACUCUCAUCAUGACACAGUUUACGGGCACUAUGGGAAACCUCCUGAUGCCCGUCACUGUCCUGAUGUACUAUGUCAAGGUCAUUCUGGGCGGUGGUACCCCUCGCAAGAUUUUCUCGUCUCGUUACCAGAUGGGCACGCCAAGCUGGGGUACCGAUUUCCCCGGUUUUACCAUUUACGCCGUUAUCAUGAUCGCGUACAUGGUUAUUUCGCCCAUUAUCAACGGUGUCGGUUCCGCGUUCUGUCUCAUGUCGUACUUGAUCUACAAGUACAUCUACAUCUGGGUCGACGACCAGCCGCCCGCGACCGACACGGGUGGUCUCUUCUUCCCCAAGGCCGUGACCCACAUCUUUGUUGGCCUCUACUUGCAAGAGCUCUGCCUGUGUGCGCUCUUCUUCUUGAAGAGCUGCCUCGGCCAGGCCAUCAUGACCAUCAUCCUCAUCGUCGGCACCGUCGCCGUCCAGCUCAUGAUCAAGAAUGCGUACGGCCCUCUCAUCAACUCGCUGCCCAUCUCCCUUGCGCACCUCUCGUACGGCAUGCCCCACAAUGACGGCCACAGGGACAGCAUUGGUGACGGCAACGCCGAGGAGGAGGGUGAGGACGAGGACGAGGAGGACCCCACCUCGCACACUACGUCGUCUACGCCUGUUGAAAAGCCCUCGGUCAUCACCUCGCCGCCCGUCUCUAGCCCCUUCAAGAACCCCACAGAGGACGCAGAGGCCAACACGUGGGACGAGAUGCACUGGGACGAAGUGCAGGAGCAGUGGCGCCUCAAGGAAAAGUGGGAGCACCACCGUUCGUCGUCCUCGCACUACCGCUCAGCCUCAACCUCGCACAGUGUCGGCGGCGGCAAGUACGUUUCCUCGGGCAAGGAGGACCACGAGCUCGCCGAGUUGGGCAAGGCGCAGAGCAGCGACAGCAGCAGCGACUUUGACGGCGGCGCCGGCGCCGGCGACGACGACAACGCCGGCUACUUUGCCCGUCCCGGUGGGCCGGGCGUGUACACCGACGACGUGGAUGACGGCGACGACCCCAACGCCUUCUUCCACCCGGCCACCAAGGACCCGCAGCCCAUCAUCUGGAUCCCCGAGGACCCCUUUGGUCUCGCCGCGGCCGAGGUGGCGGCCAACGCCGACGCAGGCGUCGAGUCGACCACCAAGAACUCGUACAUGGACAGCGAGGGCAAGGUGUUUAUCCGCGGACCGCCGCCCGAUGGAGACUCCAUUCAGAACGUGGGCUCGCGUGUCGAGAGGGGUGUGAUUAUGGUUUAA